AUGGUUGGAAGCAAGCGCACGAGGAGUAAAACCGCCGCGAUGGCUCAAUCCGUGACGGCCCAAAGCCACUCCACCCACGAUCCCGCGAUCAACAUGGUGGCACCACCACCUCUUGCCACCGUGCCACCUACCGGACCCGCGACCGAAUCUAGCAACCUCCGUGGCACCGUCGCCGAACAUGGUGGAACCUCCCAUCAAGGUGGGCUCGUUACCACCACUGACUUAGGCCCGGUCUUGGAGCAACUUCAAGCAUUCCCUCCAUUGCCUCCACGCUCGACGCAUGCUCCUGCACACACAUCCAAUGAAACCCUAGCCCGUGUGCAAUUGGGCUCCACACGCUUCUCUCCUCCCGAUCCACAAAGUCAAGCAGAUCUCAACCUGAGAGUUGACCGGCUAGCUCAGAGAAUGGACGACCAAAACGCUCUUAUGAGGCAGCUCCUUAAUCAAAUAAGCGUGGCUCAAAAUCUUGGCCUUGGACAACCAGGCGAAGUGAGAAGAAUAGACGAACGCACCGGUGGGCAGCUCAACGGGGACCAAGCGGGUCGAGCAGGAGCGAGCAGACAAGGGGAUGCACAACCACGUGAUCAGCUUGCCGACAUGUCGCAAGCAUCUGCAAGCCACACACAAAGCAACGUGCGAGAAAGGCUCGGCCCACGACUUGACGUCCGUGCUCGCCUGGGCCCGCAGGGGAAUGUACUUCAAAGGCUAGGCUCCCAGGGAGAUCAAACUGACAAUCGCCGCAAUGAGGAUCGUGAAGAGAGGCGCUCCGCUGCCCACUCGCAGAGAAAUAUUCACGAAAGGCUAGGCUCCCAGGGAGGUCAACCCGGUAACCCUCGCAAUGAGGAUCGUGAAGAGAGGCACUCCAUUGCCCGCUCUCGGAGAACCAACUCUCGCCGUCAAGCUGCAGAAAAUCCCUCGCAAUCGCAGUCCACCAACACGCCUCCUAGGCAUUGCGGACGAGAGGACCGACCCUUGCAGACCAACGAGGAGGUCAAUCAGCGUCGCUCAAAUCGUAAAAGGCGCCAACGUGAUCGACCAGCACUACGCGUGGAAGAUGUUGAGAAGCUUGUGAAUGACCGACUUCGAGACUUGAAGGCUAGCGGGAACCUCGAGGAUGCACUACGUAAGGAGAUGGACCAAGCGAUCUCUACUCCUUUCACCCCUGAAAUCGAGCAGGCUACUCCCCCGAAGCGAUUCUCAACGCCUUCUUUUACGCAUUUCAAGGGAGAUUCCGAUCCCGAGAGCCACCUAAAACACUUCAAAAGUGUCAUGAUCCUCCACAAGGCCGACGACGCACUGAUGUGCAAGGCAUUUGCAAUGACAUUGCGAGGAGCAGCUCAGGACUGGUUCCACACCCUGCCAUCUGGGUCGAUCAACAGUUUCAAGGAGCUUGCCUAUGUCUUCACUAAAGAAUACACUUCUUAUCGGACGAUCAAGAAGAACCCAGAUCAUCUGUUCAACCUGCGCAAGAAGCCCGACGAAUCCAUUCGAGAUUACAUCAAGAGGUUCAAAGCAGAAAAGGCCAACAUCGUAGGGUGCGACGACCAAAUCGCAUCAUCUGCCUUCAAGAAAGGUCUUCCAGCAGAACACGAGUUAUACCGCGAGCUGACUAUCACUCCCAGCCAGACUUUAGCAGAGGUCUUCGCGACCGCAGAACGCUACGCGCUCUGGGAUGACGAUCGAAUUGCCGCGAAGAAGUCCACUGAGCAGGGAGAUCAGCAGACCAAGCGGGCGGGCCAAAGAAGCGAUGGAUUUAGCAACAAGAACAAGGACAAGCGCAGGUCACACCCACAAGAGGACGCUAAGGCAGGAGAGAACUACACCAAGUUCACUAUCCCUAUACAUCAAAUCCUAGCCCAAGUGAAAAACAAACCUUGGGUAAGAAGACCGCCACCCUUGAAAGGAGAUCCAGACAGGAGGGAUACUAGCAAAUACUGUGCCUUCCAUGGGACGCAUGGACACACUACGAACAACUGCUUCGCUUGGAAAGCACACCUCGAAGAACUCGUGAAGGAAGGUCACUGCACAGAAUUCAUCGCUAAGCAGGCCAUCCAACAGAUAGAGGACCGCGACACCACCAAGAAGCCGCCCCAAAAGGUCAUAAGGAUUAACACAAUCCUAGCCGACUCCGAGGAAUCUGGGUUGACCAGCAAGGAAAAAAAAAGGAAGAUCAAACAAGCCACUAUGAUCUCCCAAGUCUCAACCGACAUUCCGCUAGCAGAAGACGACCCUAUAAUCGGCUUCCAAAAGAAAGAUCUAAUUGGCCUUGAUCUACCACACAAUGACGCUCUUGUCAUCAGCAUUCAAAUCGCUCAGGCCAUGGUCGGCCGAAUCCAUGCAGACGAGGGCAGUGCGGCCAACAUCCUACAAUUGACAGUUAUCCAACAGAUGGGCUUAGAGGCAAAGAUCAAUAAAUCAGCCAAGUCACUGACUGGUUUCAAUGGAGCAACAACGGUUACCGUGGGCACGAUAGAGCUCGACGUCUACGCCCCACCUGUAAUCAGCUCUCAAACGUUCAUGGUCAUUGAUGAAGUCUCACCCUACAAUGGCAUUCUAGGCAGACCAUGGAUCAGCAAGAUCAAUGCCAUCACCUCCGCCACGCAUCAGAAGAUUCGCUACCCAAUUCCUUUGGGUGGGAUCGGCCAAAUCGACAGCGAUCAGGCGAUGGCGAGGAAAUGCUCAGCUCAAGGGCUGAAGAAAGGCAAGCAAACACAGUUCCUCCCUGUGAAUCAAGCAGAUCUAAAGGGAGUAGAACAAGCAGAUGAGGAAGCAGAUCCCGUUCCUGACGGCCGAGCAGGCCAAAAAGGAAAGGGAAUAACUACUCCCCAAUAG